GAAGCCGAGCCACCACCUCCCACCCGCAGCGCCCCAGGGGCCAGGCCUCAGGAGCAGCGCGCGAUACUCCGGCCGGAAGGAGAUUCGGGAACCGCCCUCCCCUCGGACGCCCGGUUAAGGGCGGCGCCUCCGCCCGCAGCCCCCGGCGGCGGCCGCGCUCCUGCCUGGCUUGUUGGGGGUCCCGGGUGGGCCCCGCUGGAGUCCCCGGCGCGCCCGCGAUCGCUGGGUCAUGGGCGCCGCCGGCUCGUCCGCGCUGGCCCGCCUGGGCCUCCCCGCGCCGCAGCCCCGGCCCCGCUGGCUCGGGGUCGCCGCGCUGGGACUGGCCGCGGUGGCGCUGGGGGCCGUGGCCUGGCGUCGCGCGCGGCCCGGGCGGCGCCGGCGGCUGCAGCAGGUGGGCACCGUGGCAGAGCUCUGGAUCUACCCCGUCAAGUCCUGCAAGGGGGUGUCGGUGAAGGCGGCGGAGUGCACGGCCCUGGGGCUGCGCAGCGGUCACCUGCGGGACAGGUUUUGGCUUGUGAUCAACAAGGAGGGGAAUAUGGUUACUGCUCGACAGGAACCCCGCCUGGUCCUGAUUUCCCUGACCUGUGAGGGUGACACCCUGACCCUCAGUGCAGCCUACACGAAGGACCUGCGGCUGCCCAGCAAGACACCCACCAUAAAUGCAGUGCACAGGUGCAGAGUGCAGGGCCUGGAGAUCGAGGGCAGGGACUGCGGUGAGGCCGCGGCCCAGUGGAUAACAAACUUCCUGAAGACGCAGCCGUACCGCCUGGUGCACUUCGAACCUCACAUGCAACCGAGAAAUUCUCACCAGAUAGAAGACCUGUUUCGACCCACAGACCAGAUCCCGUACUCAGACGCCAGCCCCUUCUUGAUCCUUUCUGAGGCAUCGCUGGCAGAUCUCAACUCCAGGCUAGAGAAGAAAGUUAAGGCAACUAACUUCCGGCCCAAUAUCAUAAUUUCAGGGUGUGGUGUCUAUGCAGAGGACUCAUGGAAUGAGCUUCUUAUUGGCGAUGUGGAACUGAAAAGGGUGAUGGCUUGCUCCAGGUGCAUUUUAACCACGGUGGACCCGGACACGGGCGUCAUGAGCAGGAAGGAGCCUCUAGAGACCCUGAAGAGCUAUCGCCUGUGUGACCCUUCUGAACGAAAGUUAUAUGGAAAAUCACCUCUCUUCGGACAGUAUUUUGUUCUGGAAAACCCAGGGACCAUCCAAGUGGGAGACCCUGUGUACCUGCUCGGCCAGGAAUAGGAAUCAUAUGUCCUGGAAUAGCAGGUGUCUUUAAAAAAUGUCCUAAAAAAUGCCAACACUUGAAGCACAGCAUUUUGGACCUGACACCUCAGCAUUUUCUUUCGAUCUGUGAUCUCCAAGUUUUUCGUCUUUUGGACUCUUCCUUGUGUCUCAGUGCUUCCAACAUCCCAGUGCACCAAGUGAAGAAAGAGAGUUUUGAUAACUUAAUAGGACUUCAGUAAGUCAUUUAAAUGACAAGGCAGGAUUCUAAAAAUCGCUUGUUUAACUGUGAUUGUGGAAUAAUUCUUUCUCCUCCUUCUCCAUUCACCUACCCAGAGGGCUAUCUUCCAUCAUCUCAUUGCUACUCUUUAGGGAAAGAGGAGAGAAGAGAAAGAGUAAGAGUGGGGGAGUGAGAAGAAUGUUCUGGAAUCUUUUAGUACCCCAUGCCCGGGGCAUGCAGUGGAAAUUAAAUAGCUCUCCGAAUAAGGCUGGACUGUCACUUCACUCUUCUCCUCAAGCCCUAGACAAGCUUUUAAAAGGGCAUAAGGAGCCUGACCUUCAGGAAACACUUAGGAUGUUCACUUUCCAUAGAUCAUCUUGGAUCUGGCACUGUUGUCUCUCAGACAGUGUCCAUGAGGAUUUGACGGAUCUUCAUAGCAUGCAGUACCUCUGGGCUGUAGGACAGCAGAGAUGUCAGGGUAGAAAAUCAACUCAUGAGAGCAGCAUUGCAGUCAGACUCUGAUAUGCAAUAUGUGGAAAGCAAGACAAAAACUUCCUUGCCUUGAAACGGAGCAUCAAAUAUAUCCCACUGGUGAGCCCAAACUUUUCCCAGUGUAUGAGAGUGAACAGUAGCACUAAGUAGGGGAAGCACGCUUGCCUGAUGUGGUCUGUUUGAUGCUGUUUGAUGUUGAGAUGCUGUUUGAUGUUGCCCAGGGAAACGAUGGUGCCCGUCUUAAGAGCAAAAAGAAAUAGUCUGAAAAGGACAUGAUGCCACCUAGUGGCAUUGAAUGACAGGUCAGCCUUUCUCAGCUUUUCAGCUGUUGAAGAGAGGGAAAUUUAGGGAUGGGUUUUAGUUUUCUAUCCUAGAAAAUUUUUUUGAAAGAAAGUGGGGUACCCUGCAGGUACUCUCUGUUUCUCUGCUGUGGGCAUUUGGUUCUAAAAGCGUGGCUGUGCUGUCACGGGGUCCUUCUGGAUCUCGCUGGUGCUAUCAACUCAAGACUGCUUGCUCCUCCUCAAAAUCAGGGUGAAAAAGUUCUGAAGUCCAUGGAUGAGAAGAAACGUGAUUGUGUGAUUUGAAAUAAACGACUUUAUUUUAGGUUUUGAAUAAAACCUUCCAAAGGUGAAAAAGAAAACAUAUGCCAAUUCACUUAAAAACCAAUAUCUGAUUUUUCUCCUGAUCAGAUUCUAUAACUCUAAGAUCUGAUGAAGUAUAUCUUUUGUUGCCAUUUUGCCCUUUGACUGUAUUAGGAAGCUAAGUCAUGAAAAAUGUGUUUCAAAACUGUAAAUAAA